AUGAAGUUCUCAACCUCCACCAGUGUUCUGCUUCUCGCUGGCUCCGUCGCCGCCUCCCCUCUAGCUGAGCGUGCUAUUGCCCGUCGCAGUGGUGCCACUCGCCAGGCAGCCAGCCGUCCCAACGCUCGUAUCGAGGAUACAUCCGAGAGCACCAACUGGUCUGGUGCCGUCCUGGUCUCUACCGGCUUCACCAGUGUCUCCGCAUCUGUCGUUGCGCCUACUCCAUCUCUCCCCGAUGAUGCUGAUGACAGCACUCAGUACUGUGGUAGUGCCUGGGUCGGUAUUGACGGAGACACCUGCUCCUCUGCUAUCUUGCAGACUGGUUUCGAUUUCUGCAUCCAGGGCAAUGACGUCUCCUACGAUGCCUGGUACGAGUGGCUCCCUGCCGAUGCAUACGAUUUCAGUGGCAUCACCAUCAGCGCCGGGGAUACCAUUGAGAUGAGCGUUACUGCCACCAGCAAGAGCAGCGGUUCCGCUACCAUCACCAACAAGUCCAACGGCGACAGUGUUACCCACACCUUCACCUCUGCCUCCACUGAGGCUGACCUUUGCGAGGAGAACGCUGAGUGGAUCGUAGAGGACUUCACCGAAAUCAGCAGCAGCGGCCAGGAAUCUCUCGCUCCCUUCCCUGCCUUUGACACCAUCACCUUCACCGACGCCCAUGCUACCAAGGAUGGAUCAACUGUUACUCCCAGCGGUGGCGAGACCAUUGACUUGGUCAACGAGGAUAACGAGGUUAUCACCACCGCCAGCAUUGAUGGCGACACUGUCACUGUCACUUACAAGUAA